AUGGUGAUCCCGCCAACAAGUUGCAUCGUCCGCCGCACCAUGUUCUUCGGCGACAAGUGCGUGAUCAUUGAUGUCGAUAAGCUUCCUUACAUCGACAACAACUACGUCCUCUAUGAGGCCAGGCAUGGUGAAGUUAAUUGCAUCUACGUGUAUGACCUCACCAAGCAAAAGAGGAAGAAAACCAUGAAGCCACUCGGUCACGCACACAGGAACGAACUUCCCAUACCUUUCUUCGUUUUAGCUCUUGUGCUGCUGGGUUCCUUGUUUUCUCCCGCCAGCUCCUGCAUGGAGAAGGAGAAGAGCUCCCUUCUCCAGCUCCUUGCUGGGUUCUCGCAGGACGGAGGCCUCACACCAUCAUGGCGGAGUGACAUAGACUGCUGCAUGUGGGAAGGCAUCACCUGCAGCAGUCCCAAUAGGACAGUCACCGAUAUUUUGCUGGCUUCUCGAGGUCUUGAAGGGCCCAUCUCGCCAUUCCUUGGCAACCUCACCAGCCUAUUGCGACUCGAUCUGUCCCACAACUCGCUGUCAGGUGGCUUGCCUCUUGAAUUGGUGCAGUCCAGCAGCAUCCUUGUCCUUGAUGUCAGUUUUAACCGCCUGAGAGGAGGCCUGAAUGAGCUGCCAUCUUCAAUGACUGCCCGGCCUCUGCAGGUACUGAACAUCUCAAACAACUUGUUUACAGGAAGGUUUCCAUCUACAGCAUGGAAAGCAAUGGAGAAUCUGAUUGCACUUGAUGCGAGCAAUAAUAACUUUAUUGGGAAGAUACCAACGAGUUUCUGCAACAGCUCUCCAUUCUUGACUACGCUUGACCUCAGUUUCAACAUAUUCAGCGGCAGCAUUCCCCCAGGGAUUGGUAACUGCUUCAUCCUGAGAGUGCUCAGGGCCGGCGGCAACAAUCUUGGAGGAACACUUCCAGAUGAACUCUUCAAUGCAACCUCGUUGGAACAUCUGUCUUUUCCUAACAACAAUUUGCAUGGAGUUCUUGAUAGUGCACGCAUUAUCAACCUCAGAAAUCUGAUUACAAUUGAUCUUGGAGGAAACAAUUUCAGUGGAAAUAUCCCAAAUUCCGUAAGUGAGCUCGAAAGUUUGGAGAAACUUCGCUUGGACAACAACAACUUCAGUGGAGAACUUAGCAAGGUCAAUUUCUCCAAUCUGUCCAAUUUAAAAGUUCUAGAUCUCUGGUUAAACAACUUUACUGGUACAGUUCCAGAAAGCAUUUACUCAUGCAGUAAUCUGACUGCACUGCGGCUAUCUAGCAACAACUUACAUGGGCAGCUCUCAUCGAGCAUAGGCAAUAUAAAGUAUCUCUCCUUCCUGUCACUUGGUAAAAAUAAUUUCACAAACAUCACAAGUGCACUUCACAUCCUUAAGAGCAGCAAGAACCUUACAACCCUGCUUAUAGGGCACAAUUUCAGGGGAGAGCUCAUGCCAGAGGAUGACAUAAUUGAUGGAUUUGAGAAUCUUCAGGUUUUAAGCUUCGAAUAUUGCGAGUUGUUAGGAAGAAUACCACUAUGGAUAUCGAGGCUUACAAAUCUAGAGAUAUUAAUUUUAAAUAGCAACAAACUCACUGGACGAAUACCAGACUGGAUCAACUCCCUUAGUCACCUCUUCUAUGUGGAUGUGUCAGACAACAGACUUACAGGAGAAAUCCCACUAACCUUGACGGAGAUUCCAAUGCUAAAAAGAAUUGGGAACACAAUUCAUUAUGAUCCAAAGGUCUUCAAGCUACCUGUUUAUAAUGGUCCAUCACUUCAAUACCGUGGUGUUACAUCUUUUCCAACAGUGUUGAAUCUAAGCCACAACUACUUCGCAGGAGUGAUUCCCCCACAGAUUGGCAGGCUGAAAGUGCUUGUUGUACUUGAUUUCAGUUUCAACAAGUUAUCUGGACAGAUCCCACAAUCGAUUUGCAGCCUCACAAACUUGCAGGUGCUAGACUUAUCCAGCAACAAUUUCACAGGUGAAAUCCCAGCUGCAUUGAACAGCCUGCACUUCCUUUCAGCAUUCAACAUUUCAAACAAUGACCUUGAAGGGCCUAUUCCAUCUGGAGGCCAGUUUGAUACAUUUCAAAGUUCUACUUUUGAUGGAAACCCAGAGCUGUGCGGCUCUAUGCUUAUUCACAAAUGUGAUUCGGCGGAUGCACAUCAAGCAGUCAUUCUGCCAAGAAAACAUACUGCCUACAAGGCGGCCUUUGUGAUUGCCUUCGGUGCGUUCUUUGGUGUAGGGGUGAUGUAUGAUCAAUUAGUCUUGUCAAGGUUUAAUUCCAUCAUUUUGUUUGCUUCCUGGACAAUCCUUAAGGGCAUCUCCAGUUACAAAAUCCUUGUGAUCGUCGGCUAUUAUUUUUAG